UUAGUGCGCUUGUGGCGAGCGAGCCAAAAAGCUCACUCCAUCGACCGUUCAGCCUUCAUCACCGGGAAAUCAUGUCAAGAAUGCGUAGCCGCGGCGUGUUCGCCGCUUCAACGGAAACCUCCUAAUUAUCUGACACGAGAAUCGUCAUCCCUUGAAAAUUAUUCCUCUCGUUCUGCUCCACAUCAUAUCCGCCAGACUCCAGCAUUUCGCCGAUAGUAUCCGAGAAUGUCCAAGAAGCAAUGGCUCGCCCUGCUGUUGUUGUUCCUCACGUACCUGACGCUGGGCGCUACCAUCUUCUACUUCAUCGAGAGCGACUAUGAGAACAGCAAGAUCGAAGAGGAUACAAGAAAACGCGUGAUGAUCUUCAACUUACUUCACGAUCACUAUGUAUCCGGUUUCGACCACAAUGAGACUGAAAUUCUGCAAAAGCUCACCGAUUAUUGCGGCAAGUCCGUCUCCAAUUACAGCGAGGGUGAAGUCAUCCCCCGACGAUGGGAUUACUACAAUAGCUUUUAUUUCGCUUACACGGUGGUCAGCACUAUCGGGUAUGGCAAUUUGGCACCCACGAACACUCUCAGUCGCAUCUUAAUGAUCUUCUACGGCCUCAUUGGUAUCCCAAUGAAUGGAAUCCUAUUGACGCAGUUGGGAGAAUUUUUCAGCCACGUAUUCAUCAAGGCCUAUCAGAAAUAUAAGUCCUAUAAGCAACGUCAAUCAAGCAUUGAUCAUCCCUGCAAAAAGUCGAUACCGCCCGAAACGCGUAAGAUAAUGAGACUGGCCGCUCAGAUCUUUCUAUACUUGACGCCCGGCUUCAUCGUAUUCAUCUUUUUCCCGGCAAUUCUGUUCUCUUUUUACGAGAGAUGGACUUAUGAUGAAUCAGUCUAUUACGCUUUCGUCACUCUCACAACCAUCGGUUUCGGCGAUUUGGUGGCCGGCCAGGACAAUACGAAGGGGAGCGGUCCAUUCUUCACCUUGUACAAAAUAUUCCUAAUUUGCUGGAUCUCCUUCGGGCUGGGCUACAUCGUCAUGAUAAUGACAUUCAUCGCUCGUGGUAUGCGCAGCAAGAAAAUUACAAGGCUCGAGCACAAACUGGCGAUGAAUCUCAAGCUUACACAGAGCAAGAUUUGGAACGAGUUUAAUAAAGAGGUCAACUACCUGCGCCGCGUUUUCAACGAAUUACAGCUCUCUAAGGUCAAAAGAGUAUAUGUGGAUGAGUACGAGUCCGAAGAACCUCCGGCGAAAUUCCCACGCAGCAACAGUUUUCCGAAUCUCCGAGACUUAACAAUUGGUGGAUAUGUGGACAUACCUCACAUACCGCAUCCACGACGACGAGCUAACAGCGAAGUGGUGCCAGUGGACGAACUGACUCGUGUGGUGUCCGAGACAGAUCUUCAAAGGAUAGAUAAGAACGCGACAUUCGCCGCGCACGCCAUAGUGCAGCCGGCUGAGCUCUUGGCGCGCUUGGUGAACGUCCUCGGUUACAUACCUCCAGGAGAUGACUUCGAGUGGGACCAAACUGAGGAACAAACCGACGCGCAAAACGAGACGCAACACAGUAAAUCGGUCGAUCAAGGCCCAGCCAACAAUGUCUCUCGCUGGACAAUCGGCGGUGAAAAGUUUCCAUUCUCGAAGCCUCGAUCCAGGGCAGCCAGCGAAAUACGACUACAUACUACGAAGGACGAUUCCGUUCAACGUAAUACCGAAUGGACCUGGUCCGGAGUAGCCUCGACGAAGUUGCAAGAGAUGAUGAAGGAUAACGACACGACCAUAUCUUCCAAGGACAAUCCCAACAAGCCGUAUAAGAAAUUCGCGUCGCUCGCUUUGCCACUUACCGCGUCCAAGAACCUCUUUCCCAGGUGGAAAAAACAUUCCGCGAAUAAGAGGUCGUCGGACGUUAGUUUUAAUACGAGAAAUACAGAGAAAACCGUUGAAAUAACGGAUGAGAACGAAAAGAGCAAUCAGCAAAAUAAUUCGAUUGGUCCACUACCCUCGUAUUUAGACGAAAGGCACGAUUCGAUCUCGAGGAGGCCGCAUUACUAUACACAUACCGGUGGCAACCUGCCGAAUUAUCUGGAAAACAACAAUAUACUGGAAGAGACGAGCCUGGCAGAAUUUCUUAGAGCAUUAACCGCAUUUCACGCACGGGUAGGAACGAUUCCCGAUGAUUAUGUUACCAAACCCAAGAGAAAAUUAGGAACGGCCAGCUUGAACCCGCCAAAAUUACCUAGUCUUUUCACACUCUUCUCAAAUGCACCUGGUUCUGUUUCGGCAAAUCAGAGCAAUCAGAACACCGUCACGGGAGCGCAAUCGAUCAGGAGAAUGUCUCUCAAAUUGUCUACUGAUAAUUCUGGCUCUAGUACGCCUACAUCCUACGUCAGAAAAGGAAGUGUUCCUGUAAAACCUAGGAGAUUCUCUUUGAGGCCAGUCGCGACUCCAGUGAGUCCUCCGACACCACCUGAUUUAGGGUCACCACGAUUAUCGCUACGACUCUCUCAAAGACUGGAUGGUCGACAUUUUCAAGAACCUAUUUCAUUAGAACCCUUCAUUUCCGUAUCGCCGAAAGAACCGCUCGUGAAUAUGGAGGGACCACCGGGAAUUUCGUUCCCGAUCCAACAGCCAUCCAAUAAUCAACGUUUCUCCAUAAGACCUGCUCAACUCAACAUGCAAUCGAGUCCGACGAGCACCACAUCUUCGCCGUUGCACACGCCUAAACCGCUGCCGAAAUGGAAAGCGGGUAUGCUUCAGCGACAGAUCACUCAGAUGAAUCUACGUCGUCGCGCCAGGGCGUACAGUCUCAGUGAUGUUCAUUCCAAUAAACGUGAAAAGACUGCUUCUCCUCUCAGUCCUCUCGCUAUAGAUAACACCAAGACCGUUGACGUUAGCAAACCGAGCAAUCCAAAAACGGUGACCAUCAUAUCGCCGGCGGAGGAAAUGAAUAUGAUUUCGAAAAACGAACUUCAGGAUUCCAUGGUAGUUCCUUCAAGUUCGAAAGACAAGCAAAUUGCACCAUGGAAGGAUCAGGAAAGCAUAAUUUCAUCGAUUAAUCCCUUCGUUUUCGAGAUUUCCAAUAAGCCACCCACAGAAUUAAAUGAAUCCAUGAUUUUAAGCAUGCAUAAGGAUGAAAUAUAUCCUCAAGGUGAUUCCGUACCAGUUUGUGAACCGAUUUACAAACCGUUAUCCUCCUCUACGUUCGAGCAAAAAUUAGUAAAAUUCAAUGACGAGCUGGAUAGAACGCUUCAAAGAGGAAUGCAAGAGACGAAUGUGGAUGCUAAAGAAGUUUCGCUUAAAAUGGAGCAGAAACGGGAUGAUACAUACGUAAUUGAUGUAACUGAUAAUUUAAAUGCUUCAACGAGUAGCGGAAAAUCUUCAGAAUCAAGAAAAGGGAAACCCAGCGUUUCGAUAGACUCAUACAAACCAUCGGUGCAAAUGAUGAUAGAAAAACCAACGAUUAAUCCAUUCGAGCAAUACAGAGCUAUGACAAAGGUUGGUCAAAAGGAAGAAGACACGGACUUAAAAGAAGUUAAAAUCGAGAAACCUGGUGAAAAGUAAGAAAGGGACAUAAAUUCAUACUAUGCUAAAGGUCCAACAAUUAAAGAAACUUAGUGUUUUAUCUAAUUUUAAAAGUAAAAAUCUGGAAUCA